AACUGCGCCAUUUUGACCUCUGUUAACAGUGCAUUCUUUGAUAUCAAGUUACCUCACCCGUGUCGUGAGUACGCGAGAAAGAUGGCAGAAUCAAAAUCGAAGUCAAGAAAGAGAGCAUAUGUAUAUAGCAAUCCAUAUUCUCUUGCUGGAACUUUGAAGUAUGACUCUUUUGCGAUGCCAACAUCAAGCCGUACAGGCACAGUUCCCCGAGUUGGAUCAUUAGGUGCCAGGCAAAUGCAAGGGACAUCGUAUGCAACUGCUCAGACCAAGAAUGGACGUACUGCUAAAUAUACACAAGAAAGUCCUGCAUUUUCCGGCUCCAUAACAUUACCAGUUUUGCCAUCAGAAGCCGAACAAUAUUAUAGUUUGAUCAAGUCAACGGGUUCAUAUAUGCCCGUAAACGAAUCUCUGGAUGUAUUCGUUCUGUUAGACUGCGACGAGCACACAAAAUUCAUAAAGGCAAAUUCCCCAGUGAUUGUAAAUCGCAAAGGAUCAUGCUACACAUGCACAUGUUCACCAGACAGGACACAAUUCGUUGAUAAUUUUGAAACGCCCACUCCAGAGGUAGACCGAUUACAUCCCGAAUGUGUUCAUAUCUUUGUCGUGAAAAUCAUUUUCCAAGAAUAUCUAAAUAGAGCCGGUCUGGAAGAUUGUCCUGUCCUUAAAGAUGCAUGUGGACAUGACUAUGCUAGCAAUAUCGCAUAUGGAAAAGAGUUAGAUGAGUCACAUGAACACAUAGUUCCAUUUUUGGACAACAAGUAUGUUGUGCGUGUUGACGGAAGUUACUCCGUUUUACGGACAAAUUUCGGUACAUUAAAGUGUCUAACUUGCAAAAAUGGUAACAGCUGCAAACACACGCAAUUUGUAAAUGAACUGCUGAACCAAUCAGUAGAAGAUAUGUCUGAAUGCGUGCAUAAAAUUCAUUGUGAAAUUCAUAUUAUGAGCAACAAAAAUAAUUACGAACUCAAGUGCUUUUCCUCUCAUAAGAUCCCCUUUAUAUUGGAUAAUUGCGCCAUAAAUAAACGAUCUUCCGAUCUGUAUCCAAUAAAUGAUGGUAUUCGUCAAGUGUUACCAAGGCAUCAAAAGAAAUGUAUGAUUUGCCAAAAUUUACAAUUUGAACUCAAACCAGUGGAACAUGUGUCUACAUUCCUUUCGAAGUACGAGUGUGUCCCUGUUCAAGUGUACGAGAGGAUAUGCGUGGCAACCGGUUGCAGUUCCGUUACAUGUUAUGAUGGGCAACAAGACUGUGUACUGAACAUGGGGCGAUUUCUCAUCCACUACGAAGUGCUGAGGGAUUUCAUGUUUCAGUAUCUGUAUUCGAGAUCAACAAUGUUCUUCUUUUACAACGUCUGGCUGCAACAUCAAUCCGAUAACGGGAACACGCAAUUUGCCCGAAUAUUCUCGUACAUGUACUUUCGACAGACGUGGUUCGCUUAUCUGCAGUUGAUGGACAUUGACUUUGAAGCGGAUUUUACGUGUCGUGAAUGUGGUCCAUCACCGGUCAGUCCAUGCUUUUUGAUGGCACAUGCCUGUCUUUUAAAAAAAACUUUUUAUGUAGCGAUGAGGACAUACUUCUGGAAAAGCAGACUUCCAAACUUUCUGGCAGAUAUGUAUAAUGUUUUUGUUUAUUAAAUAUAUGUUUAUAUAAGUGUUUCUAUUCAAGAUGUAAAUAACAUUGUGAAAAUAUACGUCAAAUGUAUGCUAACAUUUAUUAUCCACAUCAAAGAAUGUUUUCAAAUGCUGUUUGUCGUUUAUGGGUCACUAGAUCGGUCGGUUUGUAUGUACGCUCACUAAGCCCUCUUCAUCAUAACCUUCAAACAAUAAUGAAUAGGUUCAUAAAAUACAGGCAAAGUACUCUACUAAGUGUAUGGAGAUACUCGCGUCUGUUUCCUUGGAAAUAACCGAGAACUUACGUAGGCUUUGUAGCGAAGAUCGGAAAGACAAACUCUUGAUCGAUAUGCGAACAUCAUAAGUACUCUGCAAACACAAACACUCUGAAUCAAACUGUUCAUUGCUUUUAAAACUAUGAGCUUAAAAUGAUUUAUAUAGAACAUUUAUGUUUUACCGCAUAGCUUUUGUCGGGAAUAAUUAUUUUUAUCAAUGUUUGAUUAUUAUUAUAUAUUAUAUUCAACAUUUCACUAGUCACAGCGAGUGAGUGUUCAUCCCGAAUAAAGCCGCACAAACUCUAGUUGCACGCUUCUGCAGCAGACGUGAUGGGCUUCAACCGGAGGAAUUCACUACGAUAUAAUUUUUGCUGGAAAUACACCAACCCUCUAUGGUGCCUUUGCUAGAGUGUUUCCAACAGAUUGGUUGUACGCAGUUUUCUCCUGAGGAGUAUGUUGAUUUAUUGAAUGCACUAUCUAAGAACUCGCCAGUGUGUGCAACAUUCCCUUUGUUAAAGCUACAUUUGAUACAGAACAUCAUAGAAAGUUGCCGAGUUGAAGCUGAGAUUCUGUCCGAAUGUCAAACUCACAUUCCCGUGUUAUUUAGAUUUUUAUCUACAAAUCGGGUCAGGUGUCCAGUGCAGUUAAAUGUGUUCUCAUCGCUGUGAUGGAGAAGACACGUGCGCCUUUCAAAGGGAGAGAGAUCCACGCCACUCCAGUGUGUGAAUCGGAUCACUCCUUAUCUUUUUUUCCCAGUUUGCCAUGUUUGAGGAAGAGAGGAGUGUAUAGUGCUGAUAAAGAAAAAAGUACCAGUGGUUGCCAGAAGAACGGGGGUCGACAUCAUGCACUAUUUCCUGGCAUUUUCACUACAUUUUGUCCUCAUGGAAUCUGCUAUGGAUUCGAGGUGAUGGAAUGUGCAGAAUCCCCAAACAGGCCUUUUACUUUCCUUAAAACAAGAUUUGAAAGGGCACCAGAAAUCAUUAUUUACGACAAUACGUGCAAUCUUCAUCAGUAUGCCUUAAACAGGGAUCCAGUUUUCUUCUCUCAUACAAGAAUGGUUGUGGAUGGAUUGCAUUGGGAUAACCAUACUGCCUGUGCAAUUGGCUACAAGGGAUUAGACUACCCCUUCAUACGACGGAUCAACACCCAGAUUGUUGAACAAAAUAAUGCAAAAUUGAAAAAAUUAAAAUCAUCUUUAUCUUACAUGACGCCCGCUCAUUUUUUGAUGAGUUUGAAAUUCUUUUUGUGGCACUGCAAUUUUACAUUAAAAAGGUGUAGUCAAAGUGGGAGAAACAAUACGUGCUAAAAUGUAGGACGUUAGCUAUCCACAACUAACAAUGUGUGUUUGAUUUACACAAGAAAGGGCGUUUCUUGUACUUUUGGCACAAAAAAUAUGUUUAUGUGUUGUGUAAAAAUAGCUCUUCUAAAAGUGCCACCAAAUGUUCUUGGUCAUAUAUAAGAGUGUUUAAGUCCUUUUAUCUUUGCUAUGUAUUUAAAUGACCUAGAAGUUGAACUGUUCUUAAAAGGUGCUGAAGGUGUUAAUAUUGGUACUCUUAAGAUUGUUCUGUUAAUGUAGUGCAGAUGACUUUGUGAUUUUUGCAAAUUCUGCAGAAGAACUGCAAAAAAAAUCUAGAUUUUUUAUCAACAUAUUGUAACAGAUGGAAAUUAACUGUUUAUAGAGAUAAAACCAAAGUUCUUAUAUUUAGAAAAGGUAGUAGACUUCCAAAUAAUCUAAACUUAUUAUGAUGGAAACCACAUAGAACUUGUGAAUAAGUAUUCUUAUCUCGGUUUAAUAUUUAACAUUAUGAGGUUCAUUCAAGGAAUCACAUGAGAAAUUGUCCGGUCAGGCUCUUAAAGCAAUAUUUAAACUCAGAAAAUAUCCGUACAGUUACGUUUAUAUUACCGUUGAACAUAUGUUAGAUCUCUUUGAAAAGAUGGUUUAAUCAAUACUGUUUUAUUGUGUUGAGAUUUUUGGAUUUACUCGAGCAACGCCGAUUGAAAGAGUGCAUACAAAGUUUUGCAAGUCUGUAUAAGUUGUUAAAUGUAACACUCAAAAAGAUUUUAUUUAUGGUGAUCUUGGCCGUAUGGAUUUACAUUACCAAAGGCUUGUUUGUAUUAUUAAAUAUUGAUUGAAGAUCACUGGCUGUAGUGAUAGAAAAUAUGUGUCAUGUAUUUACAAUACUAUGUUAAAUGAUAUUGAUUAUAACCACGUAAGCAAAACUGGGCUUCACUUGUUAAAGAUACGUUGUGUAGAUUAGGUUUCUAUCAUGUAUGGCUGCAACAGAGUGUUGGAAACAAUAACCAGUUAAUUAGUGUAUUUAAAAAUCAGCGUGUAAAGGACAUAUUUGUACAGGAUUGGCUUUGUAAAUUGGAAAAUUCAUCUCAAGCGAUAUUCUAUAACACUUUCCGUAAUUUCGAAUUUUAACCAUAACCUAAACAUGUAAAUGUUAAAUGCUAUAGAAAUGCUCUUACAAAGUUACGUAUGUCAUCACAUAGAUUAAAUAUUGAAACAGGUAGAUGGAAUAGAACGCCAAUGGAACAAAGGCUAUGUAACAAAUAUAAUAAGAGGACGAAUUUCAUUUUCUUUUUGAGUGUAAGCUAUAUGAUAGUGUACGAGGUAAAAAUCUUAAGCAUUAUUACUGUCAUAGACCAAAUAUGUUUAAAACUGUUGAGCUGAUUACAAAAGAUAUGUGUGAAAUAUUACGAAACCUAGCUGUAUGUAAGCAAAGCCUUCGAACUGAGAAAAGCACAUUAUACAAUGCAUUAAUAUUUAUAUUGUUUAUUGUAUAGCAUAAGCUUUAAUUCACUAUCAGUUUCCUGAUUCACUUGUCGGUAUAUCAAAAUUGCAAUCGUUGUCGGUGUUACUGGGGUCUCUGCAUUGCAAAUAUAGGCAUAAAUAAUUAUCAAACACCAUAAAGACAAAGUAUUAAGCGUCAUACGUGUAUUACAUGACUACAGAUAAAUUUUAAAUUAUGUACACAGGGAUUUAUAAAAAUAGAAAUCGUUUUUAACACAUGGUGAUGUAUACAUAUUGUAUAAUAUUAGUGUGGUAGGAUCAUAUGCAUGUAAAAGAUAGAUCCAUUAUUGAUGAUAACAGUGUCAUUGAUGAAACAGUUUAUUCAAGUCUCAUCACCUUAGAAUUAUUGUGCUUAUGUUUUCGUAAUAUACUAUGAAUAUUGCAUCAUGUUAUGUGAAUAUAACAUUAUUAUAUGUAAUAUAAAAUAUAUGAAUAUUACAUCAUGAUAGGUGAUAUGUGUUUACCAAAAGUAUAAUAUUAAUAUUGCAUCAUGAUAUGGGAUAUAUGUGAUGUUAGGAAAAUGUGAUGUAAGUUGAUUCCAGGAAAUAAGAUCUUGCAAAUAUUUGCAUUUAUCAUGACCGGCGCUCUGAGUAUUUGUAUUAAGAACAUACAGUUUGUUUGAAAUUUGAUAUUUAUGCCCCCCUUCGAAGAAGAGGGGGUAUAUUGCUUUGCACAUGUCGGUCGGUCUGUCGGUCCGUCCACCAGAUGGUUUCCGGAUGAUAACUCAAGAACGCUUAGGCCAAGGAUCAUGAAACUUCAUAGGUACAUUUAUCAUGACUCGCAGAUGACCCCUAUUGAUUUUCAGGUCACUAGGUCAAAGGUCAAGGUCACAGUGACUCGAAACAGUAAAUGGUUUUCGGAUGAUAACUCAAGAACGCUUAUGCCUAGGAUCAUGAAAGUCCAUAGGUACAUGAUCAUGAGUGGCAGAUGACCCCUAUUGAUUUUCAGGUCACUAGGUCAAAGGUCAAGGUCCACGUAUUCACGCAAUGACUGCCACUACAACUGACAGCCAAUAUGGGGGGCAUGCAUGUAUUACAAACAGCCCUUGUUUGAACUUGAUGUUAGAUGUACAGUGAGAUGUUAGUUUACGUUCUACGUAAAACGAAUUUGUGUUAAUGAUUUUGAAAGUGUUAUUUUUUAUUGACACUUUUUGUAGAACAUGCUUUUCAAAUAGAAAUAUUGAAAUAUCAAAUUAAUAUAUGCUGUGUAAAUACUGUAUGUUUCUUUAGAAAAUUGAUUUUGAAUUUCUAGUGGAGGCGAUAUGUAGGAUUUGUAUCAGAACAUUAUUGUUAUUCAACCAUAACGUUUUUUAUGCAACACCAUGUGUUACGAAUAUAUGAAUGAUAUGAUAUGUGUUGAACACGGACCAUAACAGCCUAUUUAAACUGUGUAAAUAUGUAUAUGUAUUUGUCGAAAUAAAAGUUCUAUAUAUA